UAUUAGUAAGAGCAAAAAAAAAUUAUUUUCCACUUGCGUGUAAAAAUGUAUUACAAUUUUUUAGCCAUUCUUUUGCUCUGAGUUUGUUUGCAAUGAAACCGAUGACUUAACUAAAAAACAAAAAUAAAAUAAUAUAAAAUAAAAAGACGAAGAAGAAGAAGAAAAAUGAAAUAUCUAUAAGAUCCAUGAAAGCUUGUACAUUCCAAAGCCAAGAACACCACAUUAGGCGAAAGAAUUACGCCACAUAACUGAUUUAACCAACUCUCUUCAUUUUUCCUCUCUUUCACCUUCCAAAGAUCUCUCUUACUGGUAAAAAAUGAGAGAAAACCUCAUUGACAUGGGAUCAUCCAACUGCGGCUCAGAUCUUCCGAGGGACGAAUCCGUAAAAUGCAUUCUUGAACGUAUAGAAAUCGACACCAUGGCAAACGACUCUGACCGGAAAACGGGCCCCCGCAUUGGAAGGCUCGAAUCAGGCGUGGCCCGAGGCCUCAGAAGCCUCCGAUUUCUCGACCGAACGACAACCGGAAAAGAAGAGGAUUCGUGGAGGGCCAUCGAGAAGCGUUUUCAUCAGCUUUCGGUUGAAGGCAAGCUGUUCAAGGACAAAUUUGGGGUCUGCAUUGGGUUGGGGGAUAGUAAGGAGUUUGCAGAGGAGCUUUACGAUGCGCUGGCAAGGCGAAGGAACGUGAGGACGGAAAACGGGAUAACCGUGAACGAGGCUCGGGAGUUUUGGGAGGACAUGACAAAUCAAGACUUAGACACAAGGCUUCAUAUUUUCUUUGACAUGUGUGACAAAAAUGGUGAUGGGAAGCUAUCAGAGGAUGAGGUUAAAGAGGUUCUGGUAAUGAGCGCCUCGGCGAACAAGCUCUCGAAUUUCAAGCAGCAAGCCGCCACUUACGCUUCGUUAAUCAUGGAGGAGCUCGACCCCGACCACCAAGGAUAUAUCGAGAUGUGGCAACUAGAAGCUCUUUUGAGAGGAAUGGUCGGUUCCGAACAAGGCAAGACGAUGAAAUCUACUCGCAAAACCGAGUCACUCGCGAAGACUAUGAUUCCCAAGGAAUACCGAACGCCCGUCAGCAAAUUCAUCUCCAAGAAUACCGAGCGAUUUUUCGAAAACUGGAAAAAGAUAUGGGUCUUGUGCCUUUGGUCCUUCGUAAACAUAUCCCUCUUCAUCUGGAAAUUCGAUCAGUACAAAAAACGAGCCGCGUUUCGAGUCAUGGGCUACUGCCUCUGCUCGGCAAAAGCCUCUGCCGAGACCGUCAAAUUCAACAUGGCACUCAUCCUCUUGCCCGUCUGCAGAAGAACGCUGACGUGGCUCCGCGAGUCAUUUCUCGGGACUUUUAUACCCUUCGAUGAGAACAUCAAUUUCCACAAAAUCAUCGCUGCUGGGAUUGUGUUGGGUACUCUAGUCCACGUCGUAAUGCACUGCACCUGCAACUUCGUGAGGCUCGUUUCAUGUCCCCUUAAUCAGUUCGACUCGAUUUUCGGGCCCGCGUUCGAUUUUCGCCAGCCGAGUUAUUUAGAUCUCGCGGGGACCACAGUUGGGGUCACGGGUAUAGUGAUGCUCGUUUUGAUGGUUUUUUCGUUCACGCUCGCGACUCAUUCGUUUCGAAGGAAUGUGGUGAAGCUGAGGUGGCCGUUUUGCCACCUGGCAGGAUUUAACUCGUUUUGGUACGCGCACCAUUUGCUGGCUCUUGUUUAUGUGCUCUUGAUCGUCCAUGGCUACUUCAUAUUCAUCAUCCGAGAAUGGUACAAAAAGACGACGUGGAUGUACGUGGCAGUGCCGAUGCUGGUCUACACAAGCGAGAGAAUACUUACGCUUUACGAUCAUAACUAUAAAGUUGGGAUCAUUAAGGCUGUGAUUUAUACGGGAAAUGUGCUAGCAUUGUACAUGAGUAGGCCUCCGGGAUUCAAAUACAAGAGCGGGAUGUACCUUUUCGUCAAGUGCCCGGAUAUAUCGAACUUCGAAUGUAUAGAUAUUGGGACUUUGCAGCAUAUAAUAGAAAUGCACAACUAUUUGACAAGCAUGUAUGAGGAAGGAGAUGCUCGGUCAGCGCUAAUAACAAUGGUUCAGUCGUUACAACACGCAAAAAAUGGAGUCGAUGUCGUCUCGGAAAGCAGGAUACGAACACAUUUUGCUCGGCCAAACUGGAGAAAAGUGUUCACUCACUUAACCAGCGUUCAUCCUUCUACCCGGAUAGGCGUGUUCUACUGUGGGAGUCCUACGCUAACGAAGCCACUCAAGAAGCUUUGUCAGGAGUUCAGCUUGAAUUCGUCUACACGAUUUCAGUUUCACAAAGAGAACUUCUAAUGCUUGUUGCAAUGCUUUUUGGUUGCUUAUUAUCAGCAUCGGCUUCGAUUGUUCAUUUUCGACUUGUUCAUUUUUCGAAUCUUCGACUAGCAUAGAGAGACUAGGAAGGUAAUGAAUGAAUCUGGAAAGUGACCGAAAGAUUUUCAGAACUUGUUAUCUUAGUUAAAAGCUUCAAAGUUCAAUUAACUGCGAGAUCACAAGUAAUUUUAAACUGAAAUCCACCUGUGUUGGAUAUGAACUACUAAGGGUGUGUUUGUUAAAGAAUAUACUCAAACCAAAUUAAUUCUACUCAAAAUUUAACUCAACUUU